GAAACGGAUAUUCGGAGAGGUAUCAGUUCGAGGACUUUUCGUAUUCAGUGACGGACCUGUGCGAUUAUCAAAGCAAAAAUGUCAGCUGUUCCUCGUACUGAUCAAGAUAAACGGAAACAAAUCAGUGUUCGGGGGAUCGCCGGGGUUGAAAAUAUUGCUGAGGUUAAAAAAACAUUUAAUCGGCAUUUGCAUUAUACGUUAGUAAAAGAUCGAAAUGUUGCAACUCAGCGUGACUAUUAUUUUGCUCUUGCACAUACUGUCAAAGAUCACCUUGUUUCACGUUGGAUUCGAACUCAGCAAUAUUACUAUGAAAAAGAUCCCAAGAGGGUGUACUAUUUGUCCUUGGAAUAUUAUAUGGGACGAACUCUCUCGAAUACCAUGAUAAACUUGAAUAUCCAAAGUGCAUGUGAUGAAGCUUUAUAUCAGCUUGGUCUUGACAUUGAAGAUCUUGAGGAUAUGGAAGAAGAUGCUGGUCUUGGAAACGGUGGACUUGGGCGAUUAGCUGCUUGCUUUCUAGACUCAAUGGCAACUUUAGGAUUGGCUGCGUAUGGUUAUGGAAUAAGAUAUGAAUAUGGCAUAUUUUCUCAACGAAUAAAGAAUGGUGAUCAGAUUGAAGAACCAGAUGAUUGGCUUAGAUUUGGAAAUCCAUGGGAGAAAGCUCGCCCAGAAUAUACUUUACCUGUUAAUUUCUACGGACGUGUGGACCACACAGAUAAAGGAUGUAAAUGGGUUGAUACUCAGACUGUAUUUGCAAUUCCAUAUGACAAUCCAAUUCCUGGUUUUAGAAAUAAUGUUGUUAAUACAAUGCGUCUGUGGUCUUCAAAAUCCCCAAAUAGCUUUAAUUUGAGAUUCUUCAAUGAUGGUGACUACAUUCAAGCUGUUUUAGACCGGAAUUAUGCUGAAAACAUCUCUAGAGUAUUAUAUCCAAAUGAUAAUUUCUUUGAAGGUAAGGAGUUGAGAUUGAAACAAGAGUAUUUUAUGGUAGCUGCUACAUUACAAGAUAUCAUUAGACGUUUCAAAUCUUCCAAAUUUGGUUGUCGAGAUCCAGUCAGAACCUGUUUUGAUACAUUCCCUGAUAAAGUAGCAAUUCAGCUGAAUGACACUCAUCCUGCCUUAGCUAUUCCUGAGCUUAUGCGCAUUUUAAUUGAUAUUGAAGGACUUACUUGGGAAAAGGCUUGGGUCAUUACUGUUCGCACAUGUGCCUACACCAACCACACUGUUUUACCUGAAGCUCUUGAAAGAUGGCCUGUCACCAUGCUUGAGCACAUACUUCCUCGUCAUCUACAAAUAAUGUAUGAAAUCAAUGCCAGAUUCCUUGAGGAAGUAUCUAAAAAAUAUCCUGGAGAUGUGGAUAGGUUGAGAAGAAUGUCUAUGGUGGAAGAAUAUGGUGAGAAACGUAUAAACAUGGCUCAUUUAGCUAUUGUAGGCUCUCAUGCAGUAAAUGGAGUAGCUGCUAUUCACUCUGAAAUUCUGAAAAAGGAUUUAUUCAAAGAUUUCUAUGAAAUGAAUCCUGAUAAGUUCCAAAAUAAAACAAAUGGUAUUACUCCUCGUCGUUGGUUAUUGCUAUGUAAUCCAAGUCUUGCGGAUGCCAUAGCUGAACGUAUUGGUGACAAAUGGACAACUCAUCUUGAAGAACUUAAGCAACUUAAGAAGUUAGCCACUGAUUCAUCAUUUAUCCGCACAAUUCAUAAAAUCAAACAAGAAAAUAAACUAAAGCUAGCUGCCUACCUCACAAAGGAAACUGGUGUCAAUAUCAAUCCUUCUUCAAUGUUCGACAUUCAGGUUAAAAGGAUUCAUGAAUAUAAAAGGCAAUUGCUGAAUUGCUUGCAUAUAAUUGUUCUCUACAAUCGCAUAAAAAAGAAUCCUAAUGCACCAUUUGUUCCUAGAACUAUUAUGGUCGGCGGUAAGGCUGCCCCAGGAUAUCACACAGCUAAACAAAUAAUAAAGCUGAUAUGUUCUGUUGGAAAUGUUGUGAACAAUGAUCCUGUUGUUGGAGACAAAUUGAAGGUUGUUUUUCUUGAAAACUAUAGAGUUACGUUAGCAGAAAAAAUUAUCCCUGCUGCUGAUUUGUCUGAACAAAUAUCAACUGCAGGCACUGAAGCCUCUGGAACUGGGAACAUGAAAUUUAUGCUUAAUGGAGCCCUCACUAUUGGAACAUUAGAUGGAGCAAAUAUUGAAAUGAAGGAGGAAAUGGGAACUGAAAAUAUUUUCAUUUUUGGAAUGACUGUAGAUGAAGUUGAAGAUCUCAAACGAAAAGGGUAUAAUGCAUGGGAUUACUACAAUUCGAACAGUGAACUAAAACAAGCCAUUGAUCAAAUCAGCGGUGGCUACUUUAGUCCUAACAACCCAGAUUGUUUUAAGGAUUUGACAAAUAUCCUACUAAACCAUGACAGGUUUUAUCUGUUUGCCGAUUUUGAUGCUUAUAUAAAGUGUCAAGAAAGAGUCAGCGACAUGUUCACUAAUACUGAGGAAUGGACAAAAAUGGCUAUUAUGAAUAUUGCCUCAUCUGGAAAGUUUUCUAGUGAUCGUACCAUUGCUGAAUAUGCUCGACAAAUCUGGGGAGUCGAGCCAAGUUGGGAAAAAUUACCAGCACCUCAUGAAGCUCCUAAAGAAUAAGCUGAUUCCUUAUAACUGCCUGCCAUAUAUUUCAUUUCUGAUUCUUGCAAAGUUGCAGCCUUUUUAUGGUUUGUUUUUGAAGAAACAAUUGUGAAUAAGAGAUUUUUAACUUAAUCGAAUUUUUGACGUCAAGAAAUUAUGUCUAUGCAGAUACAUUAAUGCCAUAAACAGAAAUAUCCAAUAAUUUCUGCAGUAAAUAGUGCUUUAUAAUCAUUUAAAAAAUUCUACAUGUUAAAAUAACUAAUAUAAAUGUUUUAAAAUUUAAAUUUUUACUCCAGAUGUGCUCCAAUGCAAGAAAAAUAAUCCUGAAUUUAAAUAAGUUAUUUUGUACAUUUAGUAAAGAUCUUAACUGUUGUGCCAAUGAUAGUUGUUUGUUUUUAUGUACAAUUACCACACUGGAUUGUUGCAAAGUAUUUUUUUAAAAGGCGUUAUGUAUUAUUGCUUUUUGAACAUGUGAUAGCCUUUGUGAUUUGUUAAGCUUGUUUUAUUCAAAGUGCAUAUAGUUUUAGUUAUAGUUUUAAUGCUUUGUUAUAUUAUUGUAUGCUUUUACUAAUUUUAUUAAAAUUUUACACACUUUUUGCUCCUUACAAUUUACCUGCUUUCUUUGUCAAAAUUUUAUAAUAACUUUUUGAAUCUGAAGCCAUAAGAUCCUAUACUAUCAUAGUGUAUUUAUUUGUACACUUGAAAUCUUGCUGUCAAAGUUGUUUCAUUUGUGUAAAAUUUUCAUUUAUUAUUUUCAUUGAAUUGUUUGAUGUUCCUUAUAUCUGCUUCCCACCCUAUCUCUCUCACUUUUCUUCAUCAUCAAAUCCAAGACAUUAAAAAAAUCAUUUGGAUUUAGUUAGUUGAUGGUGUUGUCUUUUUGGAAUGAACUAUUCCAUAUUUUCAUUCCUUUGUAAACUGUCGUGAGAUGGUUAUGAACAUCAAUAAUAAAAUAGUUUUAUUUAUUAAUAAAUUAUGCUCAUUGAAAUUGUCAA